AUGGAUGAAGAUCAAGAAUCUUGCCAAUUGUUGGGAUUUGUAUCAAUACUGAUACAGUUCUGUAUGGGUACUGCGGCGAUCGGAGGGUUGUUGAUCAAGAGACAUUAUGAGCAUCCGAAAAGAACGUGGAUCGUUUGGUCGUAUGAUUUGGGGAAACAAAUGUUUGGAUCGCUAGGGGUACAUUUUCUAAACGUGAUCUUAAGCAUUUUAAAGGCUAAGGGUUUGCUGUUCAAUAUUGCAGUAGAUUACAGGGGUCAUGGUGAGGACAAAGGCGAGCAGUGCGACUGGUAUUUUAUCAAUCUUUUGAUGGACACCACGGUGGGGAUACCAAUACUUUGGUGCUGGUUGCGAUUGAUUUACAAAACAAUGAAAUAUUUUAACGUCACCAAUAUUGAAAGUGGUAACUACUAUCCUGUUUUGGAAAAGCCAGAUAUUUACAGCUCACAACACUCUAGUUCAAAGCAGGGGCCGAUGUUUACAGCUUUCUUAAAACAGUUAUUAAUCUUUAUCUCUGGGUUAGCGUUGAUGAAGGGCUGCAUUUACCUCAUAUUAAGUUACUUUGAAACCUUUGCAGAUUUCUUUGCAAACCUUGUUCUUGGUUGGUCCGAUCGUUGGCCCAACUUUCAAGUUUUCCUAGUAAUGUUUGUGUUCCCUGUCGCCCUUAACUGCUUUCAAUAUUUCUGUAUUGAUAAUAUCAUUAAGCUACCUUCGGACCACUUGAACAAGCAAAAUAUCAAUAGCUUCGAUCAGGAAUCCAUCAUCGAAGAGAAUGGCAUUUACGUUUCUACAUACAAUCAGAUCAUAAAGGCCUCUUACGGCACAGUUUAG